CGCCACUCCGUUUGGUUGGUAGCCCUUCAAGUUGCCGCAAAGAAAAUCACAGAUGUCGGCAGAGGCAGAUAUGGGCGACAUGGAGGGGCUGGAAAACGGGGCAGGCAACGGGGCUGACAUGCUGCUCGAUGACUCUGGGGCUGGAGCAGCCGACGAUGCCGAACUGGAAGCUAUAAAGGCCAGAGUUCGGGAGAUGGAGGAGGAGGCUGAAAAACUCAAGCAGUUGCAAAGUGAAGUGGACAAACAGAUGAAAAUGCACAGCCCCUCAGCAGGAGCCUCAAACUUGUCUGUGGAAGAAAAAAUGGAGGUUGAUGCUCGGUCUGUGUACGUUGGAAAUGUUGACUACGGAGCCACCGCAGAAGAGCUGGAACAGCAUUUCCAUGGCUGUGGAAGUGUCAACCGAGUCACUAUUUUGUGCAACAAGUAUGACGGACACCCAAAAGGAUUUGCUUACAUUGAGUUUGCUGACAGAGAGGCCGUGGCCACUGCCAUGGCCAUGGAUGAGAGCUUGUUCCGUGGCAGGCAGAUCAAGGUGAUGCCAAAACGAACCAACAGACCAGGCCUAUCCAAGACUGAUCGCCCUCCCAGAGGCAUGGGGGCAGCCAGAUUCCGUGGCGGCCGCGGCGGCUCACGAGGUGCACCGGCCUUCAUGGGCUACCGUGGGGCCAUUCGUGGUCGGGGUAUAAGGUACGUUGCGCCUCCUGCACAAGAAGCGCCCCCUCCUCAAGUGAUGCCAAUCAUGGCUCAGUACCACCCUCACCAGCCACCCACCUUGGGGCUACAGUUCCCUCACUGACAGGCGGCCACCUCUGCGCCUCCGUUGUGGCCGACCCAUCUGCUACCCGAGUGAAGCAGAAGGGACACGCACACGUGAGCAGCAGCAAUCUUCCUCCGACACGACAAAAAAUCGCUAUUGAACAAUUAGUCUGUUGAGCUCUGGAAGCCUGACCAACCACAUUUUUCUCAUUUCUUUUGCAUCAGGCAUUGGGUUGCUUGUACUUUUGUCUUCUUAUUCUUUUGAUGCCAGAUGAGUGACCUGGCAGGUAGUUUAGAAAUUCAUUUCUGGUUGGUUCAGGGCCUUUCCAGAGCUCUGAUAGUUCUUCCAUGCUUGACUGCAGCUUAAAAUGCUACCACUGAUGUAAGCGAUUUUCACCGUCGUAAUUUUCAACCCUACGUUGAACGUUUUUGUAUAGUAGUUAAAAUGAUAAUUGAAGAACCCAUUGCUGCUGCUCGUCUCUUCCCAGCGGGGAAGGGAGAGGCGCCGAGGUACUCUCUGUGCUGCUGCGUCGACUAAACAGAUAGCAAACCAAGAAAGCAACUUUUAAUGAUGACUUUCCACAUUUAUUUUAUACUGCCAUAAUUAUUAACAAAGUUGUCGUGUUUAUUUUUGCACAUUGCGUUCUACCUUGUGUAAUCUAGCGUGCAAGGAGUGUUGUUACAUUAUUUGAAUUUGAAUACAAUCGUACGGAGUUGUUGUUUUUCUCUUGGAUUAUAAGGAUUCUAUUAAUCAAACGAUACUGCCGCUUAGCAAAUUAGCAGGAGUCGGAUUUUCUUACUCGACAAAUUAAGACGAUGCAAUGUUAAAAAAGUAAUAUUCCACAGUUGUUGCUGUCGUCAUACACACACACACUACUUUCCUAAUGCUUGUGUAGUUCAAGAACCUUAUAUCGUAAAGUGUUUGUAUGUGGAGAUAAUUAUAUUUCUUGUUCACACACACACCCACACUCGUCUCCUAUGACUAGAGCACGUUAUUGCAUAAGAGCAAAUUUUGAGGACGAUUGGUAAAACAACACACGUGGAGCUUAUUUUGAAUGGAAUAGCAGAAAACUAAAAUUGGUCCUUGCCGCUUUCCAACUUCUCUCCUGCCGUGCCCUGGUUCAAGUUAAAUAAUCCCUCUCUUUGUAAAGUGAGCAGUUGCUGUUAAUUUUCUCUGUUUCGAAUGGAAGAUGCACAUUGGCAGUAAUAGUGUGUCAACUAACUGCGUUGAUUCGCAUCUAGUCAAAGCAAAAAGCAACUCCAAUAUAAUUAUACCGAGUCAUUGACUUAUGAAGUCAGACGCCCCAAACGAUGAAUGAUAAGUAAUUAAAAUACAAUUCUGUGCUGUACUAUUUUUAUCUAUCUCUCGUUAGUGGGAAAAUGGAAUUAAUCAACAAACACGCUCCUGUCUCUAACUGUUAGAUGAAAUGCCCACACUUUGGCUGUUCACUUUUUUAUGUUGAAUAUCCGCUACCUCUACAAAAGAUUUUAAGCAAUGUUCACGAACAGAGGAAGCACCUGAAAUGCUCAAUGUCUUUUUACGAAGGCUACGUGUGGGCAGAGUUGAAUCUAGUUGAUCUUGCCAAGCCUCGGCCGGCCGGCCAGACCCUCUCGUCCGGGCCGGCGGCCUGUCUUUGCGAAAAUAAUUAUUACUAGACUUAUACUUCUUCACCGUUUUCUCCUUGUCGCAAGUGCACAUUAGCAAGUAGACGCUUUGGAUUGGCGCAGAGCGAUCCACUCGCGAAAUUCCUCCCGUAGCUGUUGUGUCGUGGAACUCGAAACUCCCUCCUCCAUCCAUUAUCUGAUAUUUUGAAGCGACCCUUGGCUUUUGGGGGUCCGAGAGAGACUUUUCCGACCUACGGCAAUGUGCGCCUGCUUUUACUUUCUCCUCCUCCUCGUCAUCCAAUAAACUUAAUUGUAUCGCAUAUUCUUGUUAUACAACACACGAUGAAGCAAAUCUUAGAACUGUUAUGAUUGGCCCUGUGGAGGGUCGUCGGCAAAACCGUUUACUUUUUGCGCGCGCCCCUGGGCCAGUCAAGUCAUGUGUUUUGGUGCUGACCUUAAAAAAAGCUACCGCGGCACCCGCUCGCCGGACACCCUGGUAUAUUAUCGGGGGGCCGCCGCGCAAGACGGGCUAGCUGCUUUGUUUAAGGCUGAACUACUAUACUUAGUGAAAGAAAACGCAGACAUAUUUGAGAAAAAUGAAACAAUUAUUAUCGUCAGGGGCUUGUUUGAUAGUGACAAAAACAGAAAGUUAUAUUGAUAUAUACGAUUUUGAUUCACACGCAUUUGGAGAGCAACUUAUUAAUUUUUAUCUACCAACAAAAAAAAAUCGAAAAGAUGAAACUUUUGUUACAAUAACGGACACAACCACCCAACCAACUAACUGCAAUGUAAAAACAACCCCCUUUUAUACAAGCUACAAGAUAAAUCGACCCUUGCCACAUUUUAGAGCACUACUUUGUAACGCCAUGUUGUUUCAUAUUUAUACAAUUAAUUACUCCAGAGAUAAUAUUAAACUGAUGAUGAUGAUUAUGGUGAAUCACCUCUUAUUAUGAUAAUUAUUGUUGAUGUUGAAGAUUAAGUUGUCUCUUAAUUGUUAUUAUGAUUGCUCUGUUUGUACACUCUGUUUGAAUAACCAAUGGAAAAAGGGUUUUUGUUGUUGAAGACGAUGAAGUUGUACUUGAUUAACUCUCGCACCAAACCAUUUUAUUGCUCCACAGCUACUAGUGCUGCAUUCGUUAUUUUUACUUUUUUAUCAUUGGUGGACAACUCGGAGAUGACUGACAAUUUGGAAAAAAUGACAACACUGAAAAAAUCAAUAACUGUGGUCAUCUCUAAUAAAGUUAUGGAAACCUUAAA